AUGGAUUAUAAUCCACCUUUACACAAUGCAGUUAUUUUAAAAGAAGCUGAGGAAAAGCGCUUGGAUGAACUUUUUAAUUAAUUUGCCAAAUAAGAUUAGUAUGGCCAUUUAUUGAAGUUUUCUGAGCUUUUUCAACUCGCUUUAGAUAGAAAUAUUAUAGGGACAAAAGUUUCAUUUUCAGUUUUAUAUGACCUGUUUUUAGAUUGUGUAGAUGAAAACUAACAACAAUAGCAAGAAGAAGAAAACCAAUAAAAUAUUAAAAAGCCUGGCGCCAACAAGCCCUAAGAUAAGAAUUAACAUAAGAACUAAGAAAUUGGGAUAAACAAGGCAUAGUUCAACUUCUUACUUUUUUAAUUAUCUCGUAUAAUGUACCCUACUGAAAGAAGUCAUUUUGAGAGGAUGUUUUAAGAAAUUCUAUCAGAAAAAACAGUUGUUAAUAAAGGUAGUAUAGAAAUACUUCGUUGUCCUUUAUUUGAUGACACAACAAAAAAACUACUUUUAGAAACUACUAUUUAAGUAUUAUGCGAAUAUGAAGAAGAAUUAAGAAAUUGUUAUGUUUCAUAUAUUUCAGAAAACUAUUUCCAACAGAAAUUACUUUUAACAUGGAACGAAAUAGCUCUUCAAAGAAAGAAAAUGACUACUUUUGCAUUUUUAAUGUUUUUGAAAGAAAGUCAUGUUAUUCCUAAUGUUUUGAGUGUUGAAAAUGUUAAUGAUAGCAUGAUGAAAAUAAUACCAGCAGUUAGCGGAAAGGAAAUUGAAUUUUAUCACAAGCAUUAUGUGGUAUAAAUAUAUGAAAAGCAAAUUCCAGAAGGAGUUGAGAAACCUGUUGAGCACGAUCCUAGAUUAGAAUUCCAUGAAUUUUAGUUGUGCUUAGCCAGAAUAGCUUACGAAAUGCAUCCUAAAGAUUAAGAAAAGAAUAUGAAGGUUAUUAUGGAAAAGUUUUUUGGAGAUAUAAUUGGAAUACGUAAAAAUGAUAGAAUAGGAUUAGAUAACUUCCCUAGUAUAAAUAAGAAGCUAUAUAAAAAGCUAGAUAACUAUUACAGAGAUAUUGAAAUAGAAGAGAGAGGAUAUAAUGGAGAACAAGAUGAAGGUUCUGAUAGUGACUUAGAAGAUCCUAUGCAAAUGUUAGCUAAAAUGUAAGAACAAUAAAUAUUUUAGGCUGAUCUUAAAGAAGUUGAUAUGCAUGAUAUUUAUACUACCCUUAACAAAGAUCUCCCCCCAUUACCUGAUAUUCCGAAGGUAGAAUAGGAAAACCCACCUCCUUACAAAAAAGACCCUCUUGAUAAAAAAAAAGAUUUAAGAGUCGUCAUAGGUUAACCUGUGCCUAAACCUCCUCCAGAAAAAGCAAAACCUAAGCCAAAGCCUCCUAAAAAGAAAUAACUUAAAAAGGGAGAAAAGCCUCCUAGAAAAAUUAUUUGGGCAGGUAUGCCACCUCCUCCUCCUUCAAGGACAGCUGAUUUGUUAUAAAAGCACUAUGAAAAGCUUGAAUAUGGAGAGCAACUAUUAUCUGAUUUGAAUAAAGGAGUUCUUAGCGAUAUUGAUGUAAUACCUGUUGUAAUCGAUGAAAUUAUUUACCCUCCUGAGUUACCUCCAAAAAUUAGAACUCUAAUUGAAGCAGCAAUCAAUUCACAUAAUUAAUAAAACUAUCUUUUCGCUCUUCAAAACUUUGAUAAAGCCAGAGAAGAAUGGAUUUAAAUUGAAGAAAAAGAUUUACCUGAUUAAAUUAAUAUGUUCUUUGACUACAGCAAAGCUGCAGUUUAUUCUUCUGCAGGUAGAGAUGAUUAUGCUUUACAUUAUUUGAUGAUUUGCAAGUAAUUAGGAGAUCGUCUUCCAUACUCAAAUCCUGACAGAGCUCUUGCAUAUAGUGGAUUAGGAGCUACUUUGUAUAAUUGCGAAGAAUAUGAAUUUGCUUUAAGAUGCUUUUUAAAAUGCAGAGAAGUAAGAGAAAAUUUGUAUGGAAUAGAACACACAGAUACUGCUUGUACAUUUAAUAAUCUUGGAUGUGCAAUGUUCAUGCUAGAGAGAAAUCAUGAAGCUUUAGCUUACUUCAAGUUAGCAGAAGCUGUUUUUGAAGCUGAGUUAGGACCAUUCCAUAAUAGGACAUCCACAGCAGCUAGAAAUAUUAAAAAGUGUGAAAAAGGACAAUUUAUGAAUGUUCCAUAAUAUAGAACUUUAUGGGAGACUUAUGAAAAUGACCCAUAUCCCAAAAAGGGAAAGAAGAAGAAAGGCAAGAAGAAAAAAAAAUGA